AGAAGAGAUACCGCGAUUUCGAUCAUUGUUGAAAAUCAGCACAACCAACGAACGAAGAACAGAUACCAAUGUCGGAAAAUCAACAGGAUCAAUCCCUCAAACCCGUAGUGGUAGAGCACAGGAGAGUAGUAAUACAGAACAGCCAUGGUGAAAAUCUUGUUGGGAUAUUACACGAAACCGGGUCCCGUGAGCUUGUCGUUAUAUGCCACGGAUUUCGAUCUACAAAGGAACGUAUUCCUAUGGCGAACCUUGCUUUUGCUUUCGAAAGAGAAAAAAUUAGUGCUUUCCGCUUCGACUUUGCUGGUAAUGGGGAGAGUGAAGGUUCGUUUCAAUACGGGAAUUAUUCUAGAGAAGCUGAAGAUAUACGUGCUGUAGUCGAGCACUUUAAGAGUGAGCAACGUUUGUUAACAGCAAUUAUUGGGCAUAGUAAAGGAGGGAAUGCUGUGCUUAUGUAUGCAUCAAGGUACAAUGACGUACGAACAAUUGUUAAUAUCGCGGGGCGUUUUGAUUUGAAGAGAGGGAUUGAAGGUCGUUUGGGUAAAAACUUUCAAGAAAAAAUUGAGCAAUUCGGUUUUAUCGAUGUGGAAAACAGAAGAGGAGAAAUCGAGUAUCGAGUAACUAAAGAGAGUUUGGUUGACCGUCUGGCAACAGAUACUCGUUUAGCAUGCCAAAAGAUCCCUCUAUACUGCAGGGUGUUGACGAUCCACGGUACGGUUGAUGAAUUUGUACCGGUGGAAGAUGCAAACGAGUUCGCCAAGUAUGUACCUAAUCACAAUUUGUGUAUAGUUGAAGGAGCUGAUCAUGAGUACACAAAGUAUCAAUCUUUGUUGUGUUCAAUUGUGCUGAAUUUUGUGAAGACGGGUAUAUCUAAAGACGAGUCGUCGCCCUCGUGUACAAAGAAAAAGAAUAUCGAUUCCCGCCUCUAACUCUUUUUCAAUUUUCGAAUAUUAGAUUGAUGCAUACAUUGCAGACUAUUUAUUUAUCUUAUAUAAAAAUUACACAAUUGCUUGUAAAUGUAUAAAAUCAAUAGAGCCUCAAAUUUUUGGUCC